GAGGAUCGAAACGCGCAUUUGCGUUUAGCACGCGAACGUAAUAAAUCCAUUUGUGUCCGUAUUGAUUUCAGAUAAUGGGCAAGUGGUACGUGGUCGAGGUGUUGGAGCACAAAGUCGAUCCAUCCAAGCCCAACGGCUCGUACAAGGUCAAUUCCUGCCCGAUCGUCAAGCUGAGAGCGGUCGAGAACAUGUACUUGUCCUCGUUGAGGCUGUUGUGGACCGAGGAGAUCGGCGACCUCGAGUACACUUUCCGGAUACCGGACGUAUCCAGGAGGCCGGGCUUUUGGAUUUCCACCUCUGUGCAAAAUGGUAAAUCUUCGUGUUUCGCGCGUUUUUUUCUUUUUUUUUUUUUUGAAUCGGAGAUAC